AGUAAUCACUGAAAACAUUAGUUUAUACCUACCAAUACUAAGCCUGUAAUUAGUUUGGUGUUUUUUAUGUGCAUUGUAAUGCACAAAUAACGAAAUAUAUCUUAAUAUUGUAACACUAGAAAGUUGUUACUUUUCUCCUUCCAUUUAUCGUUCGUAAUAAAUAAAUUUUACACUAUAUCAAAGUAACUAAAAGAAUGGAAGAGUCUACAAAAUCUGAUGAUGCUCCAAAGGAAGAGCCACAAAUAGAAUUUAAGAAACCCGUACUAUUUGGACGCAUUGGAAAGCUUCCUAAGAAAGUUUUGCAGGACUCGGUAACGGUUACAGAAGAUAAAAAUGCUUUCAAAACUAAUGAACCUGGGACAAAAUCCGACGAACAGAAACAUGCAUCACCUGCAAUUUCUAACAAGGAAUUAUUAGCGCCGAUACCAUACAAAGAGCCAAAAUGGUCUGGAAUAUGCCCAGAUGGUUCAGAUUACAGUUUGGAAGUGUUGAAAUCUGGCAUGAUAGUUGAAAACAUUGAUUUGACUAGAAAACCAUAUUAUGCUUUCGGAAGACUUGCUAAUUGCGAUAUCAUGAUGGCUCAUCCUACAAUAUCCAGGUAUCACUGUGUUCUUCAAUAUAAAGCAUUUGCCGAAGAAGGAGAGCCUUCAUGCGGUUGGUACCUCCACGAUUUAGGCAGCACCCAUGGAACGUUUCUCAAUAAAGAACGGUUAAAGUCCAAUCACUACACAAGGGUACGAGUUGGUCAUCAGAUCAAGUUUGGGAGCAGCUCAAGAACUUAUAUUAUGGUGGGGCCAGACUUUGACUGCGAAGGUGAAUCAGAGUUGUCUGUAACAGAAAUAAAGCAAAGAGCUCUGAACAUGAAGCUCGAAAGGAAAAGAAUCAUAGAAGAAGACAAAGAAAGAAGGGAGAAGGACAGACUAGAAGAGGAAAGAAAGAGGGAGGAACAGGGCAUUGAUUGGGGAAUGGGUGAAGAUGCCGAAGAAGAACCAGAUUUAGCAGAAAACCCUUACGCUUCUACUGCCAAUGAAGAAUUGUAUCUGGACGAUCCAAAGAAAACAUUAAGAGGUUAUUUUGAGAGGGAAGGUCAUGAUCUCAAUUAUGAUUGUGAGGAGAGGGGUGUAGGACAAUUCAUAUGCAGGGUAGAGUUACCUAUAGACGAUGCUAGAGGGAACCCGGUGAAAGCGGAAGUGAUCCAUCGUGGUAAGAAAAAGGAGGCUGUUAUUGCUUGCGCUUUGGAAGCGUGCAGGAUAUUGGAUAGGGCAGGACUGCUGAGGCAAGCUAAACAUGAGUCCCGUCGCAGGAAACAGCGUGAUUGGAGCGCUGACGAUUAUUACGACUCCGAUGAGGACACAUUCCUGGACCGAACGGGCAGCGUCGAGAAGAAAAGGCAACAACGAAUGGUGAAACAUGGUGCCGUGGAAAAUUCUGCAAAGGACAAACCAUUGACUUAUGAUGACCUACUUAAGCAAAUCACAGAGAUAGAGGCAAAAAUAGCCACAGAAGAGAAAUGUCUCGAAAGGUUAAGAAGUGCUCACAAACAUGACACGCAACCAGAUGCCGAUUCGGACGCACUUGAUGCGUUCAUGAGCUCCUUAGGGAAACAAGGACAGAGUAUGGCACAGAAAGCGGAGAUAUCCAAAUCUAAGAUGUCAAUACAGAAAUUGAAAACGGAACUAAGUAAGACGCAGAGGCUAGCAGAGCUGGCGAGGCCCGCACACUUACCGCCGUUGAUCAAGAAAGACGAAUCCAAGAUGGCGGUCAAAAUGGGCAUAAACUCAGUUGUCUAUGGAAAAAGGAUACGAUUAAAAGAUGAUGUGAAAAAACCUAAAUUAGUAAAGGAAAUCAAAAAAGAUGAUGAAGAAUUUGUUGAAGAAAUGGAUUCAGAUGAAGAUACUACAGAUAAGGACACUGGAAUUGAAGAGGCCAGCAGUAAUCCUCGUCAGGAGCAAGAGAUAAGAAAGGAAAAAUUAAGAGCACCAAAAGAAAAGGACGAAGAUAUGGAAUCACAAAAGGAUGAAAGAGACUGUAGUAGCGAAAAGAGAGUCUUCGGUCCUAUGAGGCCGCCGGAAAAUUACGUGAUCCCUGAAAAUUAUUUCGAUCAGGAAUCUGACAGAGAUCUCCCUGAAAUCACCGAAGAUGAAUAA